GUUCUUUUCUUCAUUCGAUCGUUUGAUUGUUCGUUUUUUAUCCGUUUUUAUGCUUUUUUAUUUUUUUAAUUUUUUGGUGCUGUCUUUUUAAUAUCUUGAAAGUGUGGACAUUGAUUUCGUGAAAUAUUACAGAUAAGUUGUUUAAUCAUUUAUUUCGAAACGUCACGCGACGAACGCGAUGGUGGAAGUUUUGGUAGAACCGUGUGGUCAAGAAGCAAUAGUAUCAGAUAAAAGUUGUAAAAUAAACGAUAGCCCAAUGGAAUGUUUGACUGAAAGUGAUCGUUGUGAUUUGAUUUUGGAAAAAUCUUCACUCAGUCCUAUUCAAAACUUCUAUAAUGGACAAAGCAUUUUCGUUACUGGUGGCACCGGAUUUAUGGGCAAAAUUCUGAUAGAAAAGCUCCUCCGAGAAUGUCCUGGAAUUUCAUUUAUCUAUAUGUUAGUACGUCCGAAGAAAGGCAAAGAUAUGCAUCAACGUAUCGAAGAACUUUUUGAUGAUCCGCUAUUCAAUAAAUUAAAAGAAAAACAUCCAAAAUUUCGGUAUCAAAUAGUUGCGAUAGCCGGAGAUUGUGUUCAACCUGGUCUCGGGUUGUCUUCCGCGGAUAGACAAAUGAUAACGCGAGAAGUUUCUAUCGUUUUUCACGUUGCGGCUACGGUCAGAUUUGACGAGAAAAUGAAACUCGCUGUACCUAUUAAUGUUCGUAGUCCCAAAGAAAUGAUAGAUCUUUGCAAGGAAAUAUCAUAUUUAAAGUCAUUUGUUCAUGUAUCGACUGCAUAUGCCAAUUGCCCGCACGAUCUUAUCGAAGAAAAAAUAUAUGAAGCACCAAUGGAUGCACACAAAUUAGUAACAAUCAUUGAUUACAUGGAUGAUAAAUUGAUUGAAGAUAUUACUCCGAAAUUAUUAGGUGCAUGGCCGAAUACGUACACUUUCACAAAAGCAAUAGCAGAAAGUGUUAUUGUGAAAGAGGCCGGCGAAUUGCCUAUUGGAAUAUUUCGACCUGCUAUUGUAAUAUCAACAUAUCGAGAACCAGUACAAGGAUGGAUUGAUAAUCUAUACGGACCAACGGGUGUUGCAGCUGGAGCUGGUACCGGAAUUUUACGAUCGAUUCAUUGCGAUGGAUCUAUACAGGCCAACGUCGUUCCUGGAGAUUUAGCAGUAAAUGCUUUAAUAGUUUCCGCUUGGGAUGUAGCGGAUCGUCGAAAAUCUACAAUUAAUAAAAAAGAAAAAAACGAUAUACCGGUUUAUAAUUAUGUUUCAAACGAUAAUCCUAUAACAUAUGAUGAAUUGAAAAUUUUAUCUGAAAAAUAUGGACUUGAAUUUCCCACCAGUAGAGCUAUGUGGUAUUAUAGCUUUCGAAAUAACAAAUACAAGAUUAUUCAUUUGAUCUAUGUCUAUUUAUUACAUUUAUUGCCAGCACUUUUAGUCGACACAGUCAUGAUUUGUUUAGGAAAACAACCUAGGAUGUUAAAAGUUUAUAAAAAGAUACAUAAAUUUAUGAGUGUAAUUAAUUAUUUUACUGUCAAAGAAUGGAAAUUUGCAAAUGAUAAUGUUAAAGUGUUAAUAAAUAAACUGUCAGAGGAAGAUCGCGAAAAUUUUGCUUGUGAUAUUACUCAAGUUGAUUGGGAUCAUUAUUUUCGAACAUAUGUGCGAGGACUUCGUAUUUAUCUCAUAAAAGAUUCUUUAGACACUCUUCCACAAGCGCGCAUUAAAUGGCAAAGAUUAUACUGGAGUCAUCAAGUGUUAAAAUUAAUUCUUGCAUAUGGCUUGUUGCGAAUAUGUUGGUUAAUUAUAUCUUUUUUCUUUUGAAGUGAUAUAUGUUAAUUUGCAUAUUAAAUGUGUUUUAUACAUA